UUUUUUUAUUGUUGUCCUUGUUCAUGUCUUCAACUUUUCUUCGCUCCUCCUCCUCCUCCUCUUCUUCUUCUACUUCGACUCCCAAUGAACAAUAUCAACAGUUCGUAGCUCAACAAAUUGCAAUUCAGAAUCAUGAUCUGGAAGAUGAUUCAUAUGAUACGUUUGAAGGAUCAUAUGUUGGUAGUUACUACUGGAGUGCCUUGGAAAAGAAACGGUUUUUCUUGGCCUUGGAUCGCUAUGGACCACAUGAACCCAGUUUAAUCCAACAACGUAUUGGCUCCACCAAAUCUGUCUUUCAAGUAUCUUUGUAUCUGGACUUAUUGGCAACAGCAUCUGAACAACAUCCUAUGGAACAAGAAGAUCACACGUACAUUCCUUUUGCCUACGAAAUGAGUGAUCAUUGGAUGUCACUGGAGGAAGAUCUUGCUGAACAAUGUAUGUCCUUAUCUGAUGACCAUAUGAUCGAAUUGAACACUCGUUGGAUCAAGGAAAGGCAGACAACAAGAAGGAAACGAAGGACGCAUACUAGCAAGGAAGUGUUCGCUGCUUGGGAUAUAUUUGACCGUAUAGCAAUGGAUAACUUGGUAUCCCGACGAUUUAAAACUGACGAGAAUGGCAAAAAAGAUAACGGCGAAGAUCAAGAUGACAUGGAAGAAGUCAAAGCUGAGGACAAUACUGAUGAUGAUGAUGAUGAUGAUG